AACACAGUCACCGGAUGUGAACUCUGAUGUGUUAAAGGGACAUAACUCGCGAUGUUUAUUGUGAAUCUCAAGACGGGCUAGACAGUGAGGACAACAUCAAUUAUGCCGUAUGUAAUGAUCAGUACACAGAUCAGACUGGAGACAGGACCAACAGUGUGUGGAGAUGAAUGGAGUGACCCAGAGUUGAUGGAAUAUCUGGGUGCCAGACUGACCAAAACUCUGGGAAACAACUUUCAAGAAUAUAUUUCUCAAGACACAGUGAGAAUUAUUCUGAACAAGCUAGAGAAGAGGGGAUACAAGCUUAAAGCUAUGACUGGGUUAGGACAGACUUGUAUUUGGACACUACAUAAGGAACUCGAUGAUGAAUGAAAGAAUGUGAUUUUGUAAACGGAUGAAAGCUAUAAGAGGGGCCAAAACUAGUUGAAAUGGAGAUUUAUCAUAACUCAAAAAGAAAAAAAAGCUUUGUUAUAUACUUGUAUAUUAUACUUAAUAUAUUUAUGUGAUGAUCAUUUUCAUAAUAAAAGAUAAAAAUAACAGAA